CUCUUUUUUUCAAAAGCAACCUCCUCUUCAUAAACGUAAGGGUUACGUUUUGUAUGAGACGCCCGUCUGUCAAUCUAUACUUUCGAUUUAUGGUGGGACACAGCCUUGAAACAACUCCCCUUAGAUCUCCUAAAUAUACGACAGAAUGGAAAACAUUAGCAUUGACACUUUAAUCCUGAAACUGCACGAUGUGAACGCGGUGAAGUUUGGAGAGUACAAACUGAAGAGCGGCAUGAUGACACCUAUUUAUAUCGAUGUGAAAGUUGUGGUAUCGCACCCUGCUCUCAUGAAUCAGGUGGCAAGUCUCAUCUACCGGCGAGUGCAAAAAGAGGAGCUAAAGUUUGACUCAGUGUGUGGGGUUCCAUACACAGCCCUGCCUUUUGUCACAAUUAUCUGCUCUACACAUGAACUGCCCAUGCUCAUCAGGAGAAAUGAGGCCAUUGACUAUGGAACCAAGCGUCUGGUGGAGGGGUCGUAUCGUGAGGGGGAUCGGUGUCUGAUCAUUGAGGACACAGUGACUACGGGCAGCAGCAUCCUGGAGACUGCUGAAGUGCUCAACAAAGAGGGACUGAAGGUGACAGAUGCCAUUGUACUAGUGGACAGAGAGCAAGGAGGUGUGGAGAUGUUGCAUUCUGUGGGAAUCAAGCUCCAUCCUAUCAUCUCCAUGUCCAAGCUGCUCGAUGUGCUGCUGGCAGCCAAACGCAUCAACCAUCAAACCUUUCAGAACGUCAGCAAGUUCAUCAUGGACAACAACACUUUCAGGCCGAAGGAGGAGAAUGCCAGUGAUGUUCCUGCCACCAAGAAGCCACGUGUGGAGCAGAACCUGCAGCUGAGUUACGCAGACAGAGCCAAACUUCCAAACAUUCACCCUCUGGCAUCAAAGCUGCUGAAGAUCAUGGAGGAUAAGCAGUCUAACCUCUGUGUGUCUGCUGAUGUGACCAGCAGCGAGGAGCUUCUUCAGUUGGCCGACUCUCUAGGUCCCAAGAUCUGCAUGCUGAAGACACAUGUAGACAUCCUCAAGGACUACACAGUGGCCUUCAGCCAGAAACUGCAGGUAUUGGCCAAGAAACACAACUUCCUCAUCUUUGAAGAUCGCAAGUUUGCUGACAUUGGGAACACAGUCAAGCAUCAGUAUGAAGGUGGUUUGUACCAGAUCUCAUCUUGGUCCCACAUAGUGAAUGCUCAUGUGGUGCCGGGGCCGGGGGUGGUGGCCGGUCUGAGUGCAGUAGGAAAGGCUCUGGGCCGAGGCUGUUUGCUCAUUGCACAGAUGAGCUCCCAGGGGUCGUUGGCUACUGGUGAAUACACAAAGGCUGCGCUGAAGAUGGCAGAGGAUCACUCAGACUUUGUGAUCGGCUUUAUCUGUGUUUCUAAGAUCAACAAGAAGCCAGAGUUCAUCCACAUGACCCCUGGGGUUCAGAUGCAGGCUGGAGGUGAUAUGUUGGGCCAGCAGUACUCAACUCCGGAGGAAGUUAUCCACAACCAUGGUUCUGAUGUCAUUAUUGUGGGACGGGGUGUGUUGGAGGCCCCUGAUAGGCUGAAAGCUGCCGAGUCUUACAGAAAGUCAGGCUGGGAUGCUUACACAAAGAGACUGAGCCAGAGUGGACAAUAAGAGCUCAGGAGUAGCAUCUGCGUCAUUACAUCUCAUUUCAAAUUUAAACUAUCGAUGUAAUGAUGAUCUCUGCAGAUGAACUAGAACUAUUACAUUUUACAUUGUCCAGGAACAGGAGUGUGCACGUUAUUGUGCAUAUAGUCAUAUGUAUACAUGUGCAUCUGUACACCACACUGCCAAACCAAAAUACACACCUGUUCCUGCACAAAUACAUAGUUUAUUAACAUUUGUAGGGGAUACCUGGCAGGAGUAGGGAAUCAGACACUUUGUGUUCUUCUGAUUCCCUCCUAUUGACCUGACAUCUGAUCCUCUGAGGUAAAUGUCUCCAAUUGGAGAUAAACGGCAGCUUCCGUAUGAUAGAUAGUUUUAUAUAAAUAUGUUUUUUCAAUUGUGUGUUCUGCCGUGGGCUGCUAAAAUGUCAGUAUCAAUCAAAUAUAAAUCUAGACGUCAUUCUACCAACAAAGAUGACCAUCUUCCAGCAAGCGUGAAGCCUUUAUUUGUCACAAACCUACAGUCUUGUCAUACAGGAGUGGGUGUGGCUAAAACUGUUUAAUUAUAUAAUGCUUCUGUUGAAAUUAUGAGUAUAUUAAGCACACAGUGGAGCAUCUUUUGUAUGUUGAGUUGCCCAGUCUGCAUUUUCCUCAUCACUGUUCACAAGGUCACACACAUACUAAUUAGUGCAAGACAGUAUCUUUAAUUCCUCUAAAUACUAAAUCAUCUCAACUAGUAACUUUUUUGUGCUGUAUUUCCAUUGAUAAAGUGGAAGUAAAAGGACAAUUAGCUAUUCCACCUAAACUCUGGCCACCUCAUGGAUCCUGUGAAGAAAAAAAAAGAUGAAGGAAAUGUACUGGAUUGUUACAAAGAAGUCUCUGACAUUUCUCUCUCCAUCUUAUCUGGUCUGUGGGACUGUAACAUUACAGUUGUACCCAUCCACACACAAGAAAGGUCUACUGGGAGAAGUAUGCUGUUGGAUCGGUCAAGGUAACAUUCAGUGUAUCCAGUGUAUUGUUUCUUUCCAUGUGCCACAAUUAUUUAAACAAAUAAUUAUUCUUGCCAUAUGUUGGAGUGUUUUGUAAAUAUGCAAAUACUAUUUUUUCAUACAUAAAAGCACUUUGGUAUGGUUGUGUUUUCCCUUUCCACACAUAUCCAUGUUUAAAUCGUUUAUUUGAAUUAAAAUGAUAUUCUGUUGAUCACAUUUAUUUUUAAGUCUUGGUCAUCAUUAAUGCUUCUGAAGAUAACUGAAUAUUAUGGUUAAAAUACUUGUUUGGAAACUCGCUGUCUCUGAUUUGUUAUUUAGAAACUUAACUGAUGUAAUGAGGAACUUCUCAAGUAACAACUCUGUAUCACUUAACUGACUAAAGCUAUACAAACUGUGGUUUGGCUUUAGUUUACAGUUUUUUUUUUUCUAAUAACCUGGUAAGAAAGUGAAACUGUGUUUGAUAAAGGCCAAAUAAAUACUUUGUCCUCUCCUCU